CACAAACACACCUACACAUUUACAGAGUGAGUGUUUAACACAUGUAAUCUCAUUUUUGAGCAUAUUGUUGUAAAACUAGACAAUUAGACACAGAUGGACAUUAUUAGACCAAGGUGAAUUAGUGUUUCUUCAAUCCGAUUGUAAUUUUUGAUGGUUAUCUAUCUACUAUUUUGAAUUGAACAUUGAAUAGGUGAAUAGUAUACAAAAACAAAAAAAGUCAGUUAAAACUACACAAGUUCCUCAAAAAAAACCUUCUCAACUGAUGUAUCAUUAAAAGAAUUCUAUGAUUCAUCUUCAAUUAAUUUGUUUUUAUGAAAGAUUUCGUCUACGAAACCCUACUGCACACGCCUACAAUCUAAUCUGAAUGUCAUAUCAAACUAUUCAACAAAAGAAACAAUUUACAAGCGCACGCUAUAGAACUUAUUCUAAUAAUAGCAAUGAGUUGGAUGAGGCUACUAGCCUGUUAGAAAAACUGAAUGUGCCUCAACUUGAUGAACAGUGUGAGACAAUCAAUAAUGGUAUGAUCAAUUUGAGAAGAAUUCAUCAUGAAAUGCGUUCAGUCUACCAACAUUUUACUCUUACGCCAUUAUAUGAAGAUAAUGAUGACGAUAAAAGCCUAGCCCUUGCUUUGAUUAAACUAAGGAAGGAUAUAGAAAGCUACAGCUGGAAACUAGAAAGGUCUUUUCGACAUAAAAUGAAUAUUAAUUUACUUUCCGACACAACACCGUGUGGUGUAGAAUUAUUCAAUAGAAUGAAUCAACUUUGUAGUGACAUCAUCAAGUCAUCAGACAAUCUACGGGCCCUCAUCUUAUCCUAUUCGACAAUUCUUCUCACGCAUAAAUCAAAUUUUAUGAGUGCAGCUCAAUUUAGAUUCAGACAAUCAACACCUAUACGUACAACUGAUACCAUGCAACCAUUAGAUGAAGAAGCUGGGAUUAAUUACCAGAUUGAUAGAAUUAGAAGCUAUCGAAGUAAUGUACAUAAUUCAAAAAUAUUAUUAAAUGAAGUGGAGAGAAUUAAUCAAAGAAUUAGAAUGUUAUUUAAAAAUUUAUUAAAAGAAACAGCAGAUCAUUUAAUAAUGUCUAAUUGUUAUUAAUUGAUUGUAUAAUUUGAAAGUGGAAACAAAAUAUAUUUUUAUUGUAUUUUUAAUUAAACAGAAG